AUGGGGGCCAUCGAAUCGAAAGUAGAUGUGGACAAAAUACAUAAAGAGGUCUCUUCGACUCCUGUUAUGAUAUACACUAAGGAUGGAUGUGGUUUCUGUACUAGAGCUAAAACCUUGCUCGAUGAAGAGAAGAUCGAAUCACUACUGGAGUGUAAUGUGGAAUCGAUUAUUAUAGAAAUCUCAAAUCCCGAUUAUGAAAUAUUCAUAUGUGGACGUUUCGUCGGAGGAUGUACCGAUCUAGAAAAACUGCGAGAGUCGCGAAAGCUUUACGAGGCUGUUCUCGAAUGCACCGCAGAGAAUAGUCAGUCUGAUUAA